GCCAGACCUACUGACCCCGUGCCAUGCAUCGUAAAAAGCAACAAAAAUGCCCUAACCCCCUUUUCUUGAAGUGUCUAGAGGAUUGGCGGGAUGAAGCGAAGCAGAGGAACUCCAAGCUGCAGCACACUUACGCCAAGGCUGCUGUUGCCAUGAAGAAGUAUCCAUUACCUCUUAGUUGUGGAGAGGAGGCAAUGAUUCUUGAAAACAUUGGUGCCAUGAUUGCAAGAAGACUUAAUGAAGCCAUGAAAAAGUACUCCGUCAAUAAUCACCAAGAGGUGUUUGCAAAUCAUGCUUUGGAAGAUGAGUACACAACAGAUCCAGUGCUAGACUCACUUCUUGUACCUACUCCACCAUCAAUUGAAAUAAAUGAUGACAUUCUUGAAGAAGAACCUAAGAAGAAAAAGGAACCCAGGAGAAAAAUCACUCUUGAAUAUGUACCAGCCUUUAGAUCAGGACCUUAUGCUUUGAUUAUAACAUUGUAUCAACAUAGCCAGAGUCUUAACUUUCCAGGAUACAUGACAAGAGCUGAGCUUCAGAAGGAAGCACAGCCGCUUUGUGAUGCUUCCUUUACAAAGCCUGACCCAGGCAGUCAUUACACAGCAUGGUCCUCUAUGUCAGCACUGAUCAAAAAAGGUUUUAUUACCAAGACAAGCAAUCCAGCCAGAUAUUCCAUCACUGAUCAAGGCUGCAUUUUAGCCCAGAAGCUGAACAGAGUAAGUGGUGACAGGUUGUCGAUGGUGUCAUCACACUGUACUGCAGCCAUUACCACUAACCUGGCCUCCUCUAAUUUAGUUGACACAAAAUCUGGCAGUAAACUAUGUGUAUCCAGCAGUAGUGGUGUAUCAACAUCAAAGCCAGUCAUUGAUUUCAAACAAAUGGCCCUCAGUGAUGCUUCUGCAACAAGCUUUGAAGGAUUUACAAGUAUAGUUGUAAAAAGGGAAUUAAAUCCCAAGAGAAUUGUUGAGGCUGACGUCGACUUUGAUCCAGGUUUUGUGCUGAGACCAGGAACGUUUGAUGUCAUACUGUGUGUAGAUGUGAAUGAGACAACAGCAGAAGUCAACUCAAGGAAAGACGCUCUUAUCCCUGAACUUAAGAACAAUGGAGUACAGUUUGAUGUGCGCAAACUGCAGCUCGGAGACUUUCUUUGGGUGGCUCGUGAAAGACCUGUUCCCGUACCAGGUUGUUUGUCAGUACCUGUGGCUCGAGAACUUAUCCUGGAUUACAUUGUGGAAAGGAAAAGAAUGGAUGAUCUUUGUGGAAGUAUCAUUGACGGUCGUUUCCAUGAGCAAAAGUUUCGACUUCGCCAUUGUGGUCUUAGACACCCAAUCUACCUGGUAGAAGAUUUUGGCUCAAUUCAGCACAUGAGUCUACCGGAGAACACAUUGCUUCAAGCUAUCGUUAACACACAGGUUGUAGAUGGCUUUUUUGUAAAGCGGACACGAGAUUUGAAAGAGGGUGUUGCUUAUUUAACAGUCAUGACUCGAUACUUGCAAAAGUUUUACGCAAAUAAAACUCUUGUCAGCUGUCAUCAAGGAGGCCUGGAGCAAGCCCGUUUAAACAAUGAAAAGGAAAGAAAUAAAAUGUACCUCAUGAAUUUCCUCGAUUUUAACGACUCAACUGCCAAGAAUAAGGUGAUGACAGUGAGUGAAGUGUUUGCCAAGCAGCUUAUGCAGCUAAGUGGUGUGUCUCCUGACAAGGCUGUUGCAAUCUUGGACAAGUAUCCCACGCCUAAAAGUUUAUUAGAUGCAUACAAGGUACAGAAGAGUGUGGAAGAUCAGGAAUUGCUCCUUUCUGAGCUGAAAUGCGGUGAAAAUCAAAGGACAUUAGGAUCGUCUCUGAGUAAACUGAUUUAUCAGCUGUUCUGUUCACCAUCCUUGUGUUGAUACCUGAAGCGGAAACUGGUUUCUCUAUCUAUUUCUUCUAUGUGUUACUUACACAAACAAGUUGUCCAGGUUGGACAUACAUGUAUGGAAAUUGUAACUGAAUUAUUCUGUUUGAUAUACCUCAGUACUGUUCCAUAUCAUCUUUUACUUAAGGUGCGUUCCUUUGGGAGAAUCCGGAUGAGGAUUUCUGAUCUGCGGCGUUCCUUGCGAGCAAAUCCGUUUUCAGAUCAGUGAUCUAUCAAAUCCACUUUGGACAAGGCUUCAUCGGAUCAUUGAUCUGUGUGAUCUGAAGACCGAUCAUCGGAUCACUGAUCCAAAGCGUUCCUUUGGGCGAAGGAUCCGAAAUUAAUCAUUUUGCCUGGCGAAAAAUCAUUUUGUUUAAUUUAUAAAUAAAAUCAUUUUGCUCAAUUUCAUAAUAAAUUUUCGAAUAAAUCAUUUUGCUCAAUUUCAAACGAGCAGGUACUUCAUACCUAAGAAGUACUUUCGUGACGCGUUCCCGCGUUCGCGAUAUCGUCGUACGUUACUCUGUAAAAACGAACUUGAGAAUUAUUUAUUUGUUGGUUUUUUUCUUUUUGCUGUACUUUUACAGUGUCUUUUCCACUUUUCGUAGGAGUCUGUUUUCUACAUAUUCUGUAUAUCGAUAUCAGUGCCCAAAUUGUUUUGAUUUCCUGGAGUAUUUGAGUGGGACUUUUCUGUAAAUACAACACGUUUUUCUUUUCCUUUUGGGCAAAAUCUGAAACACUGUAGAAUAGUAUGGUAUGUUCGAAUUAAUUCUCGAUGCGGACAUGGCUCUGCCUCUCCCUACUGGCAAUCAAAAGGAUCAAAAGAAAUUGUUCAUCUUCCCAACUUCUCGCUUCUUGUUGUAUGGAAUCAUAGGCAAGUUCCUCUAUUAAUGAAACAACAGCUGCUCUAGACGCAAUGGCCAUCUUGUUUUCGUUUUCAAAUCUAGGGCGCGAUUCUGCUGACGCACUCUACUAUUUCGCGCCUGCUGUCAUGGUAACUGAUCCGAUGAAUAGUCCUUUUUACAGUUGUGUACUUAGUUGCCAAGCCUUUGAAUAGGAGUGAGGCAAGGGUUG